GGAAUCGUUGCUUAGUUACGCACAAAGCGUACGGCGUUUGAGAGCAGCGGGAAGCGGCAGGUAGCGGAGAGGAUGGCAGUUACUGAAGAUUUGAUCAGACGGAGAGCGGAGCACAACAAUUGUGAAAUAUUUUCUCUGGAAGAACUCUCCCUCCACCAGCAGGAAUUACAGCGGAUAGAACACAUCGACAAGUGGUGCAAAGAGCUAAAAAUCCUCUAUCUUCAAAACAAUCUUAUUCCAAGAAUAGAAAAUGUAAGUAAACUUAAAAAGCUGGAGUAUCUAAACUUGGCUCUGAACAACAUAGAAAGGAUUGAAAAUUUAGAAGGUUGUGAAUCGCUGCAGAAAUUAGAUCUAACCGUUAAUUUUGUUGGAGAGCUGUCCAGUAUAAAGAGUCUGAAGCACAACAUUCACCUCCGAGAAAUGUUUCUGGUUGGAAACCCUUGUUCCCAGUUUGAAGGUUAUCGGAAGUACGUUGUGUCUAAUCUUCCACAGUUAAAGUGGUUGGAUGGCAAGGAGAUAGAGCGCUCGGAACGCAUUCAGGCACUACAGGAUUAUCCCCAAGUUGAGCAGCAAAUCAAAGAGCAAGAAGAGGCAUACCUUAUUAAGAGGGCCAAGGAAAGGGAAGAAGUCCUGGAAAAAACAAGAGAAUGUAAAACUGAACACAGAAAAGAGAAAAGGCCUGGAUUUGACAGACGUUGGUAUACUGACAUUGACAACACCGUACCGCAAACUUCUGAAAAUAAAGAAAAUUGCCCUGAAAUCGACCAAGAUGACCAGUCCGUGAGAACUGAUGAAGAUGACGAGGACAAAGAGUUUUGGCAACAGCCUUCGUUGUACACUCCGGAAACGAGAUUAGAAACCCACCGUUACCUGGAGGAGAAACGCAAAUCCAAAGAAAACCAAAGCGAAGAGAAAAAGAAAGUGAAACCUCCAAGGACUUUGAUCACAGCUGAAGGCCGCGUCUUGAAUGUAAAUGAACCGAAGCUUGACUUCUCUCUGAUAGAUGAUGAAGAAAACAACCAGUUUGUUCUGGAUCUCGGCAUCCAUAGGUAUUUGAACACUUCCCUUGUUGAUGUUGAUGUUCAACCAAAUUACAUAAAAGUAUUAGUCAAAAACAAGCCUUUUCAGAUUGUGCUUCCCGCUGAGGUUAAGCCUGAUAGUAGCACUGCCAAGAGAUCCCAAACUACCGGCCAUUUAGUAGUCACUAUGCCCAAGGCGACCGAGCAAAUUCAAGCCCAAAGGACGACCUCUUGCCCCGUUAAAAAGCCAGAUUGCAGCAAUUCGCAGAAAAGUUCAAAAACAAGUGAGAAGUUGGAAGUGGAUCCGAGUGCACGAUCAUUUCCCGAUGUGGCUAAUAUUGUCCAGGAGAAGACAAUCAGGGCACAGGGACCACUUCAGCUACAAAGUUACAAGGCCAAAGUCAUGGAGUGCAAUGAAAAUUUUACAGAUAACUCUGACGUGCCGCCUCUAAUCUAAAAAUCUAUCCUGGCUGCAUCUGCCACUAUGUUGCGUAAUUUAUUUUCUUCAGAAAAAAUAACUUGUUAUACUUUAUUAUAAUAGACGUAUAAGAUCUGGUUAAAUAAAAUAUUGUUUUUGUA